AUGGAGCAGUGUCACACACUCCACUCCUCUCUGCGGUCAGAUCCCGUGGAGCUGAGGAAAACUCUGCGCCAGGCGGAGUUCCACAAGGAGCUGGGGAGACAGUGGUGUAAGUCCCAGUCUGCAUUCAAAGGUCCAAGAACCAGGAGCUCCGAAGUCCAAGGACAGGAGAAGAUGGAUGGCCCAGCUCACUCUCCUGAUUCUAAUGCUAAUCUCUACCAGACACACCCUCACAGACAUACCCAGAAAGAAUGUGUUACCAGCUAUCUGGGCAUUCCUUAGCUCAAUCAAGUUGACACAUACAAUUAACC